AUGCUCAGAACAACAUGGCUACCGAGUUCUCGCUGUCUUAGACUGACCGGACGAACACGAAAUUGCCUUGGAAAUGUCGACGCGCGAGGUAUAACAACCAAUUCCCGCGUCUUCCAAGUCUCGGACGAAGUCCGGCAGGCCGUAUCUGACCGCCGCCCCAUCGUCGCCCUCGAGACCACAAUCUACACCCACGGCUUUCCCUACCCGGACAAUCUCGCCCUAUCCUCUCAUCUGGAAUCACUCGUUCGUAAGCAUGGCGGCGUCCCGGCAACGAUCGGCAUUCUCAACGGAGUCGCUCGCGUUGGAAUGUCUGAGCGCGAGAUAGACCAACUCGUGGCGUCCGCUCAUGACCCGAACAUGCUCAAGAUCAGUCGUCGGGACUUUGGCUUCGCUCUUGGCUCCAAGGACCCUUACGGCAAAGCGUUCAACGGCGGGACCACAAUCGCUGGCACGAUGGUGCUGGCGCAUAUGGCUGGAAUCAAAGUCUUCGCUACCGGUGGGCUGGGAGGCGUGCAUCGUGGAGGGGAGACGACGAUGGACAUCUCUGCCGACUUGACUGAACUGGGACGGACGCCGGUGGCGGUCAUCAGUAGUGGGUGUAAAGCAUUUCUCGACCUGCCCCGGACGCUGGAGUACCUCGAAACUCAAGGCGUUGCAGUCGGGACAUUUGCUGAUGGACGAGAGGGCGAUGUCGACUUCCCAGCGUUCUGGACGAGGGAGAGUGGUGUGCCGAGUCCGAAGGUGAUCCGGGAUGAGCAGGAGGCAGCCGAGAUCCUUCAUGCACAUGGGCUGUUAGGAUUGCAGAGUGGGUUGCACUUUGCGAAUCCAAUACCGGAGAAGCACUCGUUGUCGAAGGACGUUAUGGAGGCGGCGAUACAUGAGGCUCUUGAUUCUGCGAAACUAGCGGGCUCAGUCGGAGCUGCUGCUACGCCUUACAUCUUGAACAAGAUCAAAGAAGUCACGGGAGAGAACAGCGUCACGGCGAAUAAGGCUCUAGUCGAAGGCAAUGUUAUCAGAGGAACUAAAGUUGCAGCAGCGCUAACGAAGCUGGAGGCGGAUGAGGAGACGAGACCCAAAGGCAGCAACCAGGUUGAAGAUGCCUCUCGAGUGGUAGUUGGACCAGGCGCCACCAACUUCACAUCGAGUGGUGUGUCAAAGGGCGUAUCGCCUGCGACAGCGAACGCCCAGCCAUCGACACCGCAUAAGACAUCGAACAGCACCGCGAAUGUGACCCCGGACAGCCAACCAAACGUGUUCGUGGCCGGCAGUCUCGCGAUCGACCUCUCCUGCGACUACGCCAUCAAGCCCGGCGGCCUGGCAACAGGCGAUUCUACGCUCCGCCCAGCAGCACAUACCUCGAAUCCCGCCGAAAUCACACAAUCACUCGGCGGCGUAGGCGGCAAUGUCGCUAGAGCGGCCCAGCUGAUGGGCGCCGGGGUCCAGCUUUGUAGUGCCGUGGGUGACGACUUAGCUGGCAAAGCCGCCCUCCAAGGCCUCUCUGAAACCGGCAUGUCCACGCAAUGCGUUCAAACCCUUCCUGCCGAAAGCGGAACGCGAACGGCGCAAUACGUUGCCGUGAACGACAGCAACCGCGAUCUCGUGAUCGGCAUGGCGGAUAUGUCCAUCCUGGACUCCGCCGACUCUGCCUCGACCAUCGACAACACUUUGGAGCAUCACUGGCUACCCGAGCUCAAGCGUAACAAACCCGGCCACCUCGUCCUCGAUGCUAACUGGUCCCCUCCCCAUCUAUACCGCUGGCUCGAAGCCGGCAGAGAAAUCGGCGCACACAUCUCCCACGAACCCGUCAGCACAGCCAAAAGCACACGCUUGUUCUCCAUUCCCAAACCUACCAACUCCCAGGACCAACCUCUCCCCGUCUUCCCCUCCCCACUAGUCGACCUCGCAACCCCCAACACCCACGAACUAACCUCCCUCUACAACCACGCCCGCUCAGCCGGCCUCUUCGACCGCGCCGACUGGUGGACCAUUGUCGACAGCAUGGGCCUCCCCUCCACCGGCUCCCGCGUCCAACUCUCCCUCCUCACCACCCCGGCACUCGUAGACGAGGGGAUCCCGCAACAAACCCUCCAACUCCUCCCCUUCAUCCCAUCUAUCUGCACCAAACUCGGCUCCCAAGGCGUGCUGCUCACGCAACUCCUGCCCGCCGACGACGAGAGGCUGACGAGUGGGGAGUAUAACCCCUUCAUCCUCUCGCGCUGCGCGAACGGGACGGAGGAGAGUGUCGGGGUGGGAGGCGUGUACAUGCGCUUGUUCCCAGCUGCUGAAGAGGUGAAGGCGGAGGACGUGGUGAGCGUGAACGGGGUGGGGGAUACGUUUUUGGGAGCGCUGGUGGCGGGGAUGGCGAGGAAGGGGAAGGAGGCGAGGGUGGAGGAGUUUGUGGAGGUGGCGCAGAGGGCGGCGGUGGAGACGUUGAGGAGUGGGGAGAGUGUUAGUCCCGGGUUGAGGGGGCUGGUGUAG